AAUGGAUCUGGAGAUGUUUCAAAGUCCACUGCAAGUAUUAUUAAAUGAAAAUGUUCACUUGAAAUGCAAGGUGACCGGCUAUACUAGUGGCCCUAUUGACCUAAAAAGGGUAGGAGUUCAGUGGAAGCUUGAUGGAGAAACAGAGGUGUAUUCUUUUUCGGGAGGUCAACGUAAUGUAAAGCGACUUGGAGCAGUAAUUAAUGAUAGCAAUUUACUGAAGGGAGAUGCCUCACUUUUCCUUCCGCGAGUACAGAUUGCAGAUGAAGGAAGAUACACUUGCAUUGUGUUCCUAACACCCGAGAGUGCAGAACAGACAUCAGAAAUGAAAGUAUCAGCUCGGCCAAGUGUUAGCUUAUCCACACGAUCUCUUACCAUUUUGAGUGGUUUAGAGAGCUCUGUGAGAUGUGACGUGACUGGAUUUUAUCCUCAACAAUUGAAGAUCAGCUGGAUCAAAGUAACAAAGUGGGGAACAGAAAAUGUUUCAUUACAAAGAUACACAAAGCAGUUUGGGACAAGUAGUGAUAAAACAUUUUAUGUAUCCAGUCAACUGAACAUUAAACCAACAAUGAAAGAUGAUGGUGACAAGUAUAGAUGUGUAGUGGUGCAUUCAACGCUUCCUGAUGGACUCACAGUGGAAUGUGUACUCACUGUACGAGAUGAGCUCUACAUCGGGAGAAACAGAACUGUGAAUGAGCUUCGUGAUCGUUCAGUCCUCGGUUUGGCUAUAAUUUGUAGUAUGGUAUUAGUAUGUGGACUUGUCAUUGGAAUUUACAUUUGGAGAAAACGGUCAAAAGAAGGAAAGUACGCCCUCUCAAAUGCUGAAGCCGGUAUUAACAAUCAAGGUGAACCUUCUGAUGAGCUUCAAAACCUGCUUGAGGAAAAAAAUGAAGGGUCAGAGAAUGAAUAUGAACAACCUGAAGGCACUGUUGGAAAUGGACAGCAAAAUGCACAGGAUGACUCGAAAGAGAAACGACCACAGAGUUUCUCUGAACAACCUGAAGCCACUGUUGGAAAUGCACAACAAAAUGCAAAGGAUGACUCAAAAGAGGAAGGAUCACAGAAUGAAUCUAAACAACCUGAAGGCACAUUUGGGAAUGGACUACAAAAUCCAGAGGAUGUCUUGAAAGAGAAAGGAUCACAGAAUGAAUCUAAACAACGUGAAGGCACUUCUGGGAAUGGACAACAAAAAGCACAGGAUGACUCGAAACAGAAAGAUGAUAAUGCAGGACCACAGAGUUCCUCUGAACAAAUUGAAUCGCAUGUUGGGAAUGCACAACAAAAUGCAAAGGAUGACUCAAAAGAGGAAGGAUCACAGAAUGAAUCUGAACACCUUGAAGGUACUGUUGCACAGGAUGAUGCAAAUGAGAAAGGAUCACAGAAUGUCUCUGAACAACCCGAAGCCUCUGUUGGGAAUGGACAACCAAGUGCAGAGGAUGACUCGAAAGAAAAAGAAUCAAAGAAUGUCUCUGAACAACCCGAAGCCUCUGUUGGGAAUGGACAACCAAGUGCAGAGGAUGACUCGAAAGAGAAAGGAUCACAGAAUGUCUCUGAACAACCUGAAGCGUCUGUUGGGAAUGGACAACAAAGUGCAGAGGAUGACUCGAAAGAGAAAGGAUCACAGAAAGUCUCUGAACAAUCCAAAGCCUCUGUUGGGAAUGGACAACCAAGUGCAGAGAAAGGAUCACAAAAUGUCUCUGAACAACCCGAAGCCUCUGUUGGGAAUGGACAACCAAGUGCAGAGGAUGACUCGAAAGAGAAAGGAUCACAGAAUGUCUCUGAACAACCCGAAGCCUCUGUUGGGAAUGGACAACCAAGUGCAGAGGGUGACUCGAAAGAGAAAGGAUCACAGAAUGUCUCUGAACAACCCGAAGCCUCUGUUGGGAAUGCACAACCAAGUGCAGAGGAUGACUCGAAAGAGAAAGGAUCACAGAAAGUCUCUGAACAAUCCAAAGCCUCUGUUGUGAAUGGACAAUCAAGUGCAGAGGAUGACUCGAAAGAAAAAGGAUCACAGAAAGUCUCUGAACAACCCGAAGCCUCUGUUGGGAAUGGACAACCAAGUGCAGAGGAUGUUUCGAAAGAGAAAGAAUUACAGGAGGAGUCUGAAAAUUCUCAUGGCACUGCUGGGAAUGGAAAAGAAGUGGAUCACUCAACAGAGAAAGACAAUGAUUCAAGUUAAGAUGAGAUAUAUUCCAGAAACAAGACACUUAAAUAUGAAGAAAGGUGGUGGACAACAUUCACAGACUCUGUACAUUUCUAUUUUUGUUAC